AGGCUGCGAAUAAUAAUAUUUAACGAACAUAAAUAAUCAUUUGGCAGGUAGGUUUUGGUUUUGACGCAGUGACAGUUGCGUCAGUUUACGACUGUUUUACGACGGUGCCCACAGUCCCUCUGAGCCCUGCUUCGAGAUGGCUUCUUCGUUUUGGAAAGGUGUUGUCGGCAUCGGACUCUUUGCCUUGGCCCACGCAGCGUUCUCGGCAGCACAGCAUCGGUCAUACAUGCGGCUCACAGAGAAGGAGCACGAAACGCUGCCUAUCGACAUCGUUCUGCAGACAUUAUUAUCGUUUGUGAUGACCUGCUACGGGAUCGUUCACAUCGCUGGAGAGUUCAAGGACAUGGACGCGUCCUCGGAGCUGAAAAACAAAACUUUUGACACUCUGAGGAACCAUCCGUCAUUUUACCUUUUCAACCAUCGAGGUCGCGUUUUAUUAAGCUCAGCGGAGGAGGAGCCGUCCUCGGUACCCAAUCAGCAGGCUCUGCCCAACCCCCUCAGGCUACGUAAGCUGGACCAUUUGCACUGAGAUGACCGAUCCUGCCUGCAGCCUCGUUCCUCGCCCCGUUUGGGUUUGUCUUGUUUAGGCAGGGUGGACAGAUUCUUAUUUAUUAAUAAACUAACCUGCAUCUGUCUGUAAAGGUUGUUCCCUUCAUGUUCAACACUCGACCGUGCCAACCCUUCGGUUUAUUUUCCAAGCGGAUCUGGCUGUAUAUAUGGUGUGUCUUUGCUCUGGAGUCUUAAGAUACUCAGACAUGUCCCCCUUCUGAACUAAGUCUGUGUGUUUGUAGAUCCUUUUUUUUUUUUAUGAGGGUUUUGUUACAACUCCGCUUCAUCUUCACGCCCGUCUCCAGCUUCUGUCCAGAUGAGGCUGAAUGGGUUUUAUUAUUUCACAAAUUGACGACUCUUUGUGCCCCCACGGUGGUUUCCUUGCAAUGGACCGCACUUCCUGUUUGGAAGAAACAGGGUUUUGUUUUGGCUCAACGAGAGCAGGAGUCAUUUUUGGAGCGGUUGUGAUGCUGAAAGGAAUUAGACGAUCUUUUUUCUGUCAUUGAACACUUUAAGAAUCAACAGAAUGUUUUUAAUCUAAUAAAUAUUGAUUUUACAAAGCG